UAGCUUGGCAAUACAUCCAGCAAGAAUGGCCAGUGAGACAUCUAAUGGAGCUAACCUAACCCAGACAGCCCAGGGGUUUCCCAGUGCUGUUGUUCAGUCACCUGGGGCAAUACAGUAUGGUCAGCAACUUGGAAUUUCCAACUGUGCUCCUCAACAGGUGCCACAAAAGGGUGCUUUGGAGAAAUUUGUGAACGCACAGGCCAGAGUGCUUGGGGCUGUCCAGAUCAUGGUUGGGUUGAUCCACAUUGGCUUUGGGGCUGUCUCACUUUGUCUUCUUCCUUCUGGGUACGUUACCUUGUCUGCAAUGGGAGGCAACCCCUUUUGGGGAGGGAUAUGUUUCAUUGCUUCUGGAUCACUAUGUGUAGCAGCUGAGAAGCGUCGAAACCAUAAUUUGGUGAAAUGCAGUCUAGGAAUGAACAUCACAAGUGCGAUAAUGGCAUUAGUUGGUAUCCUGCUGUAUAUAUUAGAACUGGCCAUGAAUACUACUUCUCUAUAUAACAGUCCAUAUAAGACCAACUUUGCAAGGCUCAGGAAAUCACAACUAUCUUUCCACAUGUCUCCAUCUCUACAGAGCGUCGGUAUUGGCCUUUCCAGUGUGCUGUUCUUGUUCUACUUGCUGGAGUUUUGUAUCACUGUUUCCUUUGCACAUUUUGGGUGCCAGGCAACUUGCUGUGCUGAUGACCAGACGACCAUGGUUUUUGUGCCUUACCAAGUCAUCGGAGAUGCAGCUACCGUUGCUACUGAACCCAGUCCGUCGUCUUCUCCACCAACCUAUGACAAUGUGGUUACCAAGUCACAGUAAAAACAAAAAAACACCAGAAGGAAUUGUGAGAAGCGUUGCACCAGAGGUCUCGGACCUCGUUUUGUUUUGUUUUCCAGCUUGUUUCUCUUUCAGUCACAGCCUUUCAGCACCAAGUUAAACGGUGACCAGUUUUUAAAGAGCUUCUUUUUACCUGCUAGUUAUACUGCUUCUCCAGAAGCAGGAAUUUGUGCUGCAGGUCAGCAGCAUCUUUGUGAGGGGGUACACUCUCUGCAGUGGAUGGUGUGAGCAGUUUAUUAGUCCUUUGUUUGUAUUCUGGAUGGCAUUUGCUUUUUAUGACAACUGUUCUACGAUGCUACAGAAAAGAAAAAGCAGCUAGCAAAACUAAAACACGAAUUAUUGGUCAAACAGGUCUCAUUGGCGCAAUAGUAGCGGUUGCAUAAUCCCUCUCAUGCCAAAACAGAUCAGUAGAAGUUUGCAUUUAACUAGAGUCAACUCUAUAGACCUUGUGAUACUGUUAUUUCCUGUAUAUGUACAAUAAAUCUGAAUUAGCAGUGCU